GAUCCACGUUCUUCUUACGCGCCUUCCAUUCCAUCUUCAACACACGACACGCAAUGUCUUCUCGCUCCGUUCCAUCUUGGAGAGUUCUUGGGAAACAAGUUAGGGAAGGCGAGGUCGCACCGAAGAAAGGUCGCCACGAUCCCGCAAAGAGAAGAAGGGGCGUCCAAGGCGGGAAGGCCGCAGUUGGGAGAGAGGUGGAGGCAGAUUGGGUGGAUGCACAGGAGAGACAGAAGGAGGACGACGACUUCAAAGAAGUAGAUGAACAGACUCUCGUGAGGAAAGUGAAGCAGAGAACGGGGGGUGCGAUACAGAUCGAAACGGGGGGGGUGGGCGCUGCGGAGGUGGCUCCUGAUCAGCAGCAGACGCCGUCGAGUAAGCGAAGCGAACAGGCUGUUGGUGUGGCUAACAGUUCCCAAGUUGUGGUCGACCAGUCGACGAUGCGUUCCCCUGCACCGCAGCUGCGCGGGGAGGCAGUUCAGGGUGCGUCAGCCGUGGCGGACGUUGCGAAGGUGGGCGAUGCCGGGGCGGCGGGCGAAGACGACGAACCACUAGUGAUGAAGCUUCGCGGGCAACGUCCGGAGGCGAAAGCGAUGGAGGUGGCCGCGAGGCUAUGGACCGACGACAUUCGGUUCUGGAAUCAAACGCGGGGAGAAGAAAUCAUCGACAUCAUGCACGAAGCCCGAGUUCACCUCUUUGAUGUGGCGGCGAAGGAAAGGGCGUUAAAGGUGGAAAGGAUUGCGAAGAGGGCCAUCCAUGGCUGGAUUUUCAAGUUCGACAGCAGACACAAGGGGUAUCACUUGGCGUACCAGUACGCCUUGAACCACGCGGCAACUGACAUGGCGAGAGCGAUGUGGGCAUUGGAGGACUGGCGUUCGUUAGUCAGCCCGAUGGCGAUUCGAAACACGCUGGAGUUGGGUAUGAAGCUCCCUUUGUGGUUCGUCGGAGCGAACGUGGUGGACAGGCACCAGGACGACGAUUGCGAGGCUUACCAGGAGGCCAUCGCUCAACGUUUCGUGCGCGAUUUCACGAAUGUGGUGGAGGCGGCGCAGGCGAUGGACUCGGGGUGUGUGUCUUACGAGCGCCUGAAGUCCUUGGCGGAGGCGAUGAGGUACUUGCUGGCGACGGCGGCGUGGAUAAUGAGGAUGGUUGGGGACGACGCAAGAUCGCACUUCGACGCCUGGGUUUUCGUGCAGUUGACGUCGAAGACCGCCCUUCUUGCUGCCAUGGAUCGCCAUUUUGACUCCCGUCGUCAUGUCUUGCUAGCCGCAACUUUGAUGACGGAGAAACUGGGAAGACCGCCUCCGACCUUCGCUCCCCCCCCACUGUACAUCCCCGACUGGGCAUCGAAGUGCGGCGUCACGUUCAAUCACGACGUGACUUUUUCCUCCCCGAUGGAAGCAACGAAGACGGAUUGACUCGGCACAAGCCCCCCUGAGGAGGAAGACUCGGACGACGACGAUGUUGAUGGCGCCGAGGGAGGGUAAUAGUGGGAGUGGAAGUGGAUGGACUGCCGGUGAGGGCGGGCGAUCGUUCGUGGAAGGGUUUAGUAAACGUCGGGGGCGAGG